AUGCGGAUGCCUUCCUCAAUGGCCAGUGUGGUAAGUGACCACUUCCCUGUUAGUACCCUGUUUGCCAGUUGUUCUACUGAUCUCCAGUGUGAGACUCCCAAUGCUUUGUGUAGUAAUGGGGCAUGUAGCUGUAAGCAAGGGUACCUACCUGAGGGGGAGAAUUGUGCUUCUGAGGCAGGUUUUAGUGAGCCAUGUGAAAGCAGCACCCAAUGUCAGCACCCUCACACUCUGUGUAGGAAUAACCAGUGUAGAUGUAGAGAUGACUAUGUCUAUGUAGCUGACAGGGAAGCAUGUGUACCUUUACAACCAUUAGGCCAUCCAUGUGGAAUAGACAUAGAGUGCCGUGACCCUCACUCUGUCUGUAGAACUGGUACCUGUCAGUGUCAGAAAGGAUUCACUGCACUUCAUGGAGUCUGUGCCAGUCUCUCUGGCCUGUAUGGUCAGUGUUCUAGCUCAGCCAUGUGCUCUGUGCCUUUCUCAGUGUGUGAUGAAGGUGGAGUUUGCAGGUGUACUCAGGGUUACUAUGACAACAGUGGUGUAUGUGCUGGGCAACAAGGUCUUAGAGGAUUGUGCAGUUCAAAUCAAGGCUGCAGGGUGGCUGACUCUAGGUGUAAUAAACUAGGCGUCUGUCAGUGUAGAGAAGGCUAUGCCGAAUCUGGAGAGAUUUGUGUCCCCUUGUCUUCCCUUGGUGCUUCCUGUCAAACCAGUGCAGAGUGUUCAGAGGCUGGUGGAUACUGCAGCAGUGGGACUUGUGUCUGCCUGGCAACAGACUACAUCAGCAAUGGACUCUGUGUACCAAAGGCAGGGUUGGGGCAACCAUGUGCUGUACCCACAGGCUGCUUGGAUGCCAAGGCUGAGUGCAGGGCUGGAAUAUGUGUGUGUAGACAGGGAUACUAUGAUUCUGAUGGCACUCAGUGUGUUCCCAAGAAGAGUCUGGGAGAUGUCUGUGCCAGGUCAGAAGAGUGUCAAGGUGACGUCAUGACAUGUCGCGGGUCCCAGUGUCAGUGCAGAGAUGGGUUCUCUCCACAGACUGGAAGAUGUGUGCCCAUAGCAGCUGUAGAGUUCCCCUGCAGUGUUGGUGCACUGUGCAGUGAUGUGAACUCAGAGUGUGUGCAGGGAUCUUGUGUAUGUCAGGCUGCUUACCAGACAGUUGGGGAUACAUGUGAGCCCCUGGGUACUCUGAACAGUGGCUGUCUGUUUGGCUGGGCUUGCAGAGACACCAAUGCUGUGUGCAGGAAUAGCCUCUGCCUCUGCAAAGAUGGCUACUUCUCUAAUAAUGGCAUUUGUAGACGUCAGCCAGAUGUUGGAGAGUCCUGUAGAACUGGGGACACCUGUUCUCACAGCCUGGCUGAGUGCAGGAGUGGACAAUGCCAGUGUAGACAAGCUUACUUCAGUAUCAACAAGAGCUGUGGUCGCCUUGGUGUCUUGGGCUACCCCUGUGAUACAAACCAGAGAUGUACUACUUCAGGCUCUCAGUGUGUAGGAAACAAAUGCAUCUGUAAGGAUGGUUACUAUGAAACACAGGGGAUGUGCAAGCAAUCUCUUCAGCUAGGUGAGGCAUGCACAGCAGACGACAUUUGUGGUAAUGAGUAUGCAGAGUGUACACAGGGAAUAUGUUCUUGUACUGAGACAUAUUACACAGUGCAAGGAAGAUGUACUCCCAGGGGUGUGCUGAAUUCCCCAUGUCUGCCAGAUGGCGUGUGUUCUACCCCAGGUCUCCACUGUAGCUAUGGUCUGUGUACAUGUAGACAGGACUUCUACCCAGCAGGACAGGACUGCAGAGAAAAGGUCUUACUAGGCGCAGUAUGUGUUGAGAGCCAGGAAUGUGCUGAUGCUAAUGCACUGUGUAUAGGAGGAGUUUGUACCUGUAAACAACCAUAUAUACAGACCAGGCAAAUCUGUGCACUGCCCCGUGUGCGUAGAAGUCUGCAUGCCAGUUGUGUAGAUGGAGGAAGCUGUAGUGAUCCAGAUACAAUGCACUGUGCACCCAGUGGUAUAUGUGAAUGCAGACAGGGGUACUUUCCUAUUGGGAAUAUAUGCUCCUUGAAGAAGGCACUGCUGAUAAAGUGUAGUCUGGAUGUGGAAUGUGCCACACCUAAUGCCGGGUGUCAUGGUGGUGUGUGCCAGUGUCAUCCUCAAACUCACUUCAGUGGUGAUGCCUGCAAAAUUAAAGGCACGCUGUCUGGCCCGUGUCUGUCAGGCUCAGGCUGUAUAGACUCCAAUACUGUGUGUCAGGGUGGACUGUGUCUCUGUCAUCCCAGCUUUUAUGAGAACAAUGGAAGAUGUGUUCCAAAGCGUCCAAAUAUGGCAGCCUGUGAUUCUAGCACCAGUGACGUCUGCCAGGAUGAGAAUGCCUUCUGUAAUGGAAAAUGGUGCCAGUGCAUUGAGGGCUUUUACUUACACAGAGGCGCAUGUGUCAGCCAGCUCCCCCUGGGCAGUGUGUGUGAGGAGGGAGACGUCUGCCAGGGAAGGUUCUCAUCAUGUCAGAGCAGAGGAUGUCAGUGUGCACAGGGAUUUCUACAGUCUGGAACAUCUUGUGUCCCCCAAGGAGAACCAGGGAGUCUCUAUGGACCAUGUUUACCUGGAAGACAGUGUAAAUCAGAGCACAGCACAUGUGAUGGAAAUGUGUGUGUUUGUGCUGAGGGUUACUUUGAUUCCUCUGGAACAUGUGUUCUCAAGUCUGCAAUAGGGGGUGCCUGCAGUGGCAGCAGGGCUUGUGGAGCUUCCAACUCGGCGUGCAGGAAUCAAGUGUGCGUCUGCCAAUAUGGCUACCAGGAGAAGGAAGGAUUUUGUGUUCCCCUAGGCAGCCUUGGAGACGUGUGUCUAUUUGGUCACCAGUGCCUGGACAUCAGUGCAGUGUGCAGUAGUGGAGAGUGCACCUGUCAGGAAGGAUAUUACAGACAGAGGGGCCACUGUGUCCCAGUGUUACCCCUGAAUGCAGAGUGUGUGUUGUCUGAUAUGUGUAGAGCAGAUCACGCCAGCUGUGUCUUAGGGCAGUGUCAGUGUGCUCCUCUCUACACACAAAAUGGAUCAGUCUGUGCCCCCACCAUCCCCCUCUCCUCUCCCUGUAAAGAAGGAGAUAUAUGUGAGGACGAGAAAGCAAUCUGUACCAGAGGUUUCUGCCAUUGUCAGGCAAAGUACGCCAACGUGGGGGGAAUCUGCACUCCAGUGUCUGCUGGUCUGUUGUAUGGCAGCUGCCUGCCUGGAGAUUCUUGCACUGGCAACAAUGUCGUCUGCCAGAAUGGCCAAUGUGUCUGUGUGGAGGGAUUUUAUGCAAGAGGAGGGGCUUGUGUUCCCAGCCUCCCCCCAGGGGCAGCCUGUACCCCCACAGACCUGUGUAUCCAGAGAGCCACCUGUAUCAGUGGCGUGUGCACAUGUGACACUGGGUAUAUACAGGAAGACACCACUUGUGUUGAUGCGAGGCCCAGUUUGUUGGUGGAGGACCCACCUUGGACAGACAACCCAGUGUGGGUAGCAUUGUUUGUUAUUGCCAUGUUGAUAAUACUGCUGUUGUUAUGUGUUGGAUUGCUGUUAUUAUAUCGGUGGUAUCAAAGGCGUCAACUGACAAAGCACUACAAAGACCAUGAGAUGUCAGACUUCGCCUACCAACGUCACCAGUCCUAUCCUUACAUACCCCAAAGCCGCAACACAAGCUUUGCAGGCUCUGAGAACAUCCACCUUACGGACCUCCCCCAGAUACUGGACCUCAAUGGGCAGGACAUUCCCAGCAUGGGGAGCAGUGUCUUCGAGAGCUCAGACAGUGGAUAUCAGCCAGCCAUAGGAGAGGGGGGCCACUCUAGAUACCAAGAUGACCCCAAACACCAGGAUCAUUCCACCCCAAAGCCAGUUAAGAAGGACAGCAUCCCCCAGCCUCCACCUGUCAAACCUAAACAGUUAAAGCUAAACUCCACGUUUCCCCGCCCCCCUCCUCCUCCUCCGCAGGAAAGGCGUGGCACUGUUUUGAGUUUGGCCCGCAGACUCUCCUUCCUGCAGAAACAGCAGCGAUUCGAGUCCAUGAGUCAGGACCAAGCCCAGUCAGCUCCCAACUCGCCCGAGACAGACAAACCAAAACUGACCACCAGCUCAUCAACACCCAUGGUGAAUGUUCUUGGUCAUCGGCCAAGUGCAUAUGGAGAGAUCACCGUUAUGCCUAUAGGUGACUGAACUGUACUUUAUUAUUUAAACAGUUCUGCCUAUAGGUGAUUGACGUGUAACAGUCAUGAAACGAGUCAUUUGUUAACAUACCCUACAUGUGUUUCUAUUACAUCUGGGGUUGAUUAAAGACUUAAACAACCAAAAGGUUGUUUCUUUACUUGCUUUAUGGUUAAGAUUUUCAGUUUUGACAUAAAUUAUCAAACUAUUUCCAUUUUCACUAAGUUGUCCUCUAUACUUGUUAGCAAGUAUGUGAAAGGGUUAAUGUUACCUAACCCACCCUUCUUUUUAAUUAGAGUCAAGUGCGGUGACAAUAAAUAUUUUAAAUGCUCAGAGAAAAAGAGUUAAUUCAUGACUGUAUGUUGUUAUUCCAUUUACUUACAAAACGCUUGUCAUUAUGCCAGAUUUGAUUAAGAUUCCAUCAUUUUAACCUAUGUGACCUUGUAUGACCAAGUAGUGUCCUACAGCGACUCUCUUUUACGCUGCAGCAAUAGAGUCCUGUCUUUGCAUUUUAGUCAUAACUACCUCCAACAACGUGGAGGUAAUGUUUUCAUAACCUUUUUCUGUGUCAAUCGAUAGAUUUUUGAGUAAAUUGUUCACAAAUGGCUCAAGAAAGUAAUGAGUAGAUUUUGGUGUUGAUACAUUUAUUAACAAAUAAAUUACUUAAUAAUUAAAUUUUUAAAGUGGAUCAUAAAUGGACCAAUUUAAUAAAAUUUUCAGGUUAAGUCAAAAAUGGACAAAGGAAGUAAUGAAAAGAUUUUGGUGAUGAUCCAUUAAUUUAUUAAUUAACUAUGACUUAAUUAUAUGUAUUGGCAGAGGUUACGCAGAGUGCUUUUCUAGUUAUUUAUGUAGCACUCACAUAUUUAUUGUUUUGAUCAAAGCAUAAUAUCAUUUGUAGUAUGAUUUUUAAGAAUAACCAACAAAGAAUAAAAAUAGAUACCUGUUUGUAGUGAGGAAAGUGACAGAUCCUUUAUAAUCACCUGACCUCCCAGUUGGUAUUCCUGGGGCCGUAGAAUGGCUGGGAGGCAUCUGUGAAGACUCCAGUCUGAGAUGGCGGCCUUAACAUGGCUAUGCUUCCCCCCCAGGCCAAAGUAAGCCCAGUUGCACAUGUAUUCAUGAUGGAUGCCACUUUGAUGUGGAUUUAGUAUUGACGAGGUGUAGCAUGUUUGUAAUAUCAGAUGU